AUGUCACCCUUUGAAAUUCGAGUCUAUUGCUACACCCUCGAAAGCCCCAGCAAUGAGCACCACCACCUCGAAUCCCCGAUCAACAUUCUCUCUUCGUUGACUGCCGAUUUCCCACCCAGCCAUAUCAUCACUCGAGCAAGAGGAGGAACUCGCGACAACCACGUCGCCUACAUCUCCAUCUCUUCGCUCAUCGUGACCCAGCCUUUUGAGCGUCGGUCAUACUGCCAUGGAAUUGUGGAGUCUGACAGCCCUUGGCCGAGUGAAAAGGGGGACAAGGUCUGGCUGAGAAGCGAUGUACCGUUGCUGGUGGGGCAUAAAGGGGUACCGGUGUAUAACAUCACCAAGGGCGUGUGUUGCGAGGUUUGGAUCGACAGCGUCGGCUGGCGCUGGGACAAACAGUCCAUCUCAUCCGCACCACAAGCCAGACGCCCCAACCCAAGGAAGCUGAUCCUAGCAGGACCGGCAAGGAACGGGGGUGUAGGAACCGGUAUCAUGAGCAGGGAUGACGACAGCGCGGCAAAGAUGCAGAUGGUGAUCAUCUCUGCCGGGGGAGGGUCUCCAACGCGAGAUGAGGGAAAGAUUCAAGGCGGUCAGGUGUUACAGGGUGGGUAUCACCACCACCACCAGCAGCAACAAACUCAAAACCAGAUUCGGUGUUUAACCGUCAGGGAGCUGGAGGACGGGUGGGAGGAUGUCAUUGGCAAGAGGGGCACCCUUCUGGCCUCGGGGUCGAAUAAUGGGGGCGAGAAUGUCAAGGUCAAAAGGAGGGCGGUGGUGAAGAAGAUGCCAAUGUAAAAAUGCCACAGUGAUGAUUUGAUAUAAAGGGAAGCUAAUAGUUGCCAUAAUCUUUGGUAAAAGCCACUUCCAUCAAACAGUGACAAAACCCAAAACAAAUGACAUCAAACUCCAUUCCCCAACUCCAAAAAAGACCCGUACAAAAAGAAAAGCUUUCCAUCAAGCUCUUAGCAACCCAGGACUCUGCUCACUCACCCCGCUCACCCCCGUCCUGUCAGCCCGGGUGAUAUCCACCACCGCCCACUCCGUAUCCCACGGCACAACGCUCGCCCACCUCGGCCACCACCUCACAAAAACUCUGUUC